GUGCAACGCUGCAUACUGAAAAUUGAGAUUUCCGCCAAACCAAAACCGCUAUACAAUGCUUGAAAUUGAAAGAUUUCAAACAAAGGUGUACACUACAGUCUUCAAAGACAAAGGACAACUGCCACUAACAAGGACAGAAAGAGAUGUGGAAGGCCAGAUGUACAACUAAACAAGAGGAUAAGUACAUCAGAGUCUCUAGUUUGAGAAAUAGAUGCCUCAUGUCCUCAGCUGACAGCUUCAUUGAAUUCUACCCGCUCAACACCAGUUUCAUGUACAACAGUAAAGAGAAGACUCAGGGGUGCAGGCCUUAUGGGAAGAAUUGCAAAGAAAAAGCCACUUUUGAAACAGAAAAACAAAAAGAAAAGGUUAUAGUGGGCAAAGACACACAGACAUUGGACAACAGAUAAUUGGAAAAGAGUGUUAUGGAUCUUAACCCCAUUGAGCUUUUGUGGGAUCAGCUGCCUGUGUGUGUGUGAAUUUCAUUUAUAUAUAUAUAUAUAUAUAUUUUUAUAUAUAUGAGUUUUUUUUUUUUUUUUUUUGCCACUAAAAUAAAAAUAAUAAUAAUAAAAAAAAAUAUUAAUUGUUAAGCUUUCUUAAAUUAUACAGCUAUAAUGUAGUAAUAACUUACAAUGUAGCUUCUUGGAAUUUCAGCAGUUUCAUCUAUGUUAGCCAGCUAGGUAACUUGGUUGAGAUUUGAUUGAGUUAGAUAAGAUUGUUGAGCCCUGAUAUAUAAGUAAAAUCAUUGUAUAAGUACCGUCACUUACAGAUGGAGGAAGAGUUUGGUCAUACAAAUGAAAUAAAGAAUAAGAAUGAGCUUUCCGGGACUUCAAUAUUUUCAAUAACAAUGAAUUAUGAGAUUCUUUUAAUAUUCAGCUAAAGCUAUAGUUUUCAGCACCUUUUCAAUUAAAUAUUUGCAUUGUUAAAAUGUGAGAAUCUGAUUCAGUUUUUCAUGAUACAUAUUCCUUCAGCAUCUGACUGUUCACCUGAGAGCAUCAUGCCGUGUGAAAGGAAGCCCAUGCGCUAUGGUCACUCAGAGGGCCACACUGAUGUCUGCUUUGAUGAUGAGGGAAAGUAUAUCGUAACCUGUGGAAGUGAUGGUGAUGUCCGCCUAUGGGAAAGUCUGGAUGACGAUGAUCCUAAAUCCAUAAAUGUCGGGGAGAAGGCUUAUUCUGUAACCUUAAAGAAUGGAAAACUAGUUACAGCAGUUUCCAACAACACCGUUCAAAUUCACACUUUCCCGGAGGGCGAUCCAGAUGGCAUACUCACUCGAUUCACCACCAACGCAAACCACGUUGCCUUCAACACCAGCGGAUCAAGAGUGGCAGCAGGAUCAAGUGACUUCCUGGUGAAGAUCGUGGAGGUGAUGGACAGCAGUCAGCAGAAGACCCUACGUGGUCAUAAUGCGCCUGUCCUCAGUGUGGCCUUUGACCCCUCUGAUGAGUUCCUAGCUUCUUCUAGCUGUGAUGGAUCAGUCCAUGUAUGGUCUAUUGAGUCGCAGACUCCGGUAGCUCAAUGGAAAGUCCUCCAGAAGUCGAGUGAUGUGAGCAAUGCCAAGUCUCUCUGCAGACUUGCCUGGCAACCUCGUGCUGGAAAGCUGCUUGCUGUACCGGUGGACAUGACUGUUCAGCUUUAUGACCGAGCAACAUGGACGCACAUUAGCACGCUCUCUGAUGACCUCAUCACACAGGUUGUGAAUGUUUUGGUCUGGUCGCCAUGUGGGAAAUUUCUGGCUGCAGGAACAGUUGGUGGAAACCUCUUGAUUUGGGAUGUUGAUGCCAAACUGUGUAUUGAACGACAGAAACAUGAGAAAGGCUUCACUGUGUGUGGUAUGGCGUGGCAUCCCUCAGGGGGCCGGAUCGCUUACACUGACACUGAGGGCUGCCUCGGGCUCUUGGAAGGAGUGUCGUCCUCUUCCUCCUCCUCAUCAUCUACCACCCAGAGCACCAAGGCCCCUGCAGGUAAAGAAACAAAUGAUUAUGACAACCUGUUUGAUGAGGAUGAUGACCGGAUGCUGGAUGAUGGCAUGAGUGAUUUGCGCUCUCCAGUGAAGAAAGCCGUCAUGGACGAUGAUGAUGACGAUGAUCUUAUGCCUGCCACAGGCAGACCACGGAACAGAGGGGCGUUCCUUGAUGACGAUUCUCAAGAUGCAGGAUCAGUAAAACUGGAUAAACUUCCAGAGGAGGAUAGCAGCAGUGCGAUUCUUCCAGCUGUGGCUCCCGCUGUAUCCCAUCCCAUCUAUGAUGGCCCCAUGCCUACCCCGCCACAAAGGGCUUUCCAACCAGGAUCCACCCCGGUGCACCUCAUGCAUCGCUUUAUGAUGUGGAACUCCGUGGGCAUUGUUCGUGGCUAUAACGAUGAGCAGGACAAUGCCAUUGAUGUGGAGUUCCAUGAUACAGCCAUCCAUCACGCCAUGCACCUCACCAACACCCUCGGCCACACCAUGGCUGAUCUAUCCCAGGAGGCUGUGCUGCUGGCUUGUGAGUGCACCGAUGAGCUCGCCAGUAAGAUCCAGUGUUUGCACUUCUCUUGUUGGGACACUCAUAAGGAGUGGAUGGUGGAUCUUCCUAAAGAAGAAGUUGUGCGUGCCUUGUGUUUGGGACAGGGAUGGGCGGCAGUGGCCACCAGCACUCUGAUGGUCAGGCUGUUCUCCAUCGGUGGUGUGCAGAAGGAGAUCUUCAGCCUGCCUGGAGCUGCAGUCUGCAUGGCGGGACACGGCGAGCAGCUCCUCAUAGUAUAUCACAGAGGUACUGGGUUUGAUGGAGAUCAGGCCCUUGGAGUUCAGCUGCUUCAGCUUGGGCAGAAAAAAAGGCAGGUGAUCCAUGGAGAACCGCUGCCUCUCUCACGGAAAUCCUACCUGGCUUGGAUGGGCUUUACUGCAGAGGGAACCCCGUGCUGUGUUGACUCUGAGGGGAUUGUACGUAUGCUCAACCGAACCCUGGGGAACACAUGGGCCCCUGUCGGCAACACUAGGGACACCUGCAAGAGCAAAUCAGAUCAUUACUGGGUGGUUGGAGUUCAUGAGAAUCCACAGCAGCUUAGGUGUAUCCCCUGUAAAGGCUCACGUUUCCCGCCCACCUUACCACGCCCUGCUGUGGCCAUCCUGCCCUUCAAACUGCCCUAUUGCCAAACCACCACAGAGAAAGGCCAGAUGGAGGAGCAGUACUGGCGUUCCAUGCUCUUUCAUAACCAUUACGGCUUUCUGUCGUCCAGCGGUUAUGAAAUCGACAAUGAGGGCCAGACUCAAGCUGAGAAAGAGCAGCAGGAACUGCUAAUGAAGAUGUUCGCUCUGUCGUGUAAACUGGAGCGUGAGUUCCGGUGUGUGGAGCUGGCUGAGCUGAUGACUCAUAACGUGGUGACGCUCGCCAUCCGUUACGCGUCUCGCUCACGACGCAUGGCUCUGGCACAGAGACUCAAUGAGCUUGCUUUGGAAAAGGCCAAUCAGCUGCAGGAGGAGGAGCAGGAAGAGGAAGAGCCGGCCUAUCAGAGUGCAUCACGAAACUCUGGGUUUAGUCACACCAACAGAGAAUAUAGAGGAUCCGAUCAGAUCAGACAAGCACAAGUUGAGAAUGGCUAUGAUGAUGAGGAAGAGGUGGAGGAGGAAUAUCAACAGGAAGAACAAAUGGAUGCAGAGGAAUCAACAGAGGCCAGCAGACCACGUUUGAAUCCAUUUAAAAAGGGAGGAAAAUCACCUGAAAGGCCCUCUCCCAGACCAGUGAGCAAAGAAGGAUGUGUGAAUCCUUUUAAGGUUUCGGGUGCUGGAAAGUUAUCAGGUUCUCAAGCUGGUCAGCCCAGAGCGACUAAUAUUUUAGACAGCAUGACAAUGUCCAACAGAAAGCCUGCUGCUCUCAGCGGAACCUCAAAACAGGGCAAAGCCCCAGUCCUGAAGCCCCUGGCACCCAAACCCAAGUCCAAGACACAGGCCACUCUGCUGCAGAUGAGCACUCCUAAAAGAAUCAGUAAAAAACAGGAGGAGAGCCAAUCAGCAGCCGAGACUGUAAAACAGACUACUUUAGCAACACCUCCAGCAUCAACUGAGAAUACUGAAAACAGAAAACCGAAAACCGGCUUUCAGCUGUGGCUUGAGGAGAACAGGAAGAGCAUUCUGGCUGACAAUCCUGAUUUUGAGGAAAUGGAUGUUAUCAAGGAUGGCAUGGGGCGUUUCCGCACUCUCUCAGCAGAGGAAAGACUGAUCUGGACGGAGAAAGCAAAGGGUGACACUGACGCCAAGAAAAGGAAACGUGAAGAUGAAGGAAAAGAAAUGGAUAAAAAUGCAGAAAUGGACGAGGGCAGUGCGAAAAAGAAAAAGCCACUGGAUACUUCUGCUAAGCUUUCUGCAUUUGCAUUUAACAAAGAAUAAUGCUUAUUGUAAUUAAGUUUAAUACUUAUUUUUUACAUUUUAUUUUAAUAUUGAUGCUAAAACUUUUAAGCUGUUUUUCAUUGCUUUACUGUAAUUUACUGUGCUCUUAUAAUAACGGCUCAUUUGUGAUCCGAUCUUGUGCAUUCUCCAUACAUUUUCUUUUCAACAAGUUUGAGCUCUUUUGAAAGUACUGUGUGUCUCACUUCAUUUGCAUUUUAAAUGAAGAAAAUGUUCUUUGUUAUGCAUUUCACAAUCUGGUGAGAUGCUUAAUAAGUAGGUCUCUUUCUGAAAUAUUCUGGAUGCUAUACGGCCUUUCUAAUCUGAUUGUUUUGGAUGCUUGUACAUAUGUUUUUGUGAACUUUUGAGAAUAAAAGCUAAAAUGUUGCAUUUUGAAUCAUGCAUUUUAUACAUGUUUUGUAUUUUCUUUAUUCUAAAUAUAGCCAGUGGAAAAUACAAAAUGUGUUAUGCAGGUAUACACCAGCUGAU